CUUUUAUAAACUAAAUUAUUAAAUCCAGGUUCGUUUCUAACCUUGUAGUCAAGUAUCAAAUACAAAAAAUGGCAGCGGAAAUUAAACCAGCAACUCAAUCAAAUGAAAGGUUUUGCACAACGAAAAAACCUAUUCUGUUGUCAAAAUUAGAUGCCUGCAGUGAUGAAAUCAAUGCCGCAGUUAUUAUACCUGGCGAAGAAGGAAUUAUCAGUGUUUCUGACGAUAAGACUGUUCGAGUAUGGUUAAAAAGAGACUCCGGUCAAUACUGGCCUAGCAUUUGCCAGUACAUGCCUAGUGGGACCACUUCUAUAUAUUACACUGUUGAAACUAGGGAAUUAUUUAUUGGACAAGAAAAUGGCACUGUAUCCGAGUUUGCUCUAGCAUCGGACUUUAACAGAAUGAUGCCGGUUAGAGAGUAUUUGGCCCAUCAAGCUAGAGUUACCGAAAUAAUAUUUGCUAUUAACUGUGAAUGGGUAAUCAGUGUAGGCAGAGAUAAGGUAUUUUCUUAUAAUUGUUCGCAGACUGGGAGGAAUAUUGGUACUUUUAAUGCAGAGGCAUGGUGCACUGCUUUGCAAUUUGAUGCACAAACAAAACAUGCUUUUGUUGGAGACUACUCUGGCCAAAUAACCAUGUUAAAGCUGGACAACAAUGGUGUCACAGUGAUAACAACUUUAAAGGGUCAUUCAGGAUCAAUCCGUUCAUUAUCUUGGGAUAGUGAUAGGCAAAUGUUGUUCAGUGGAUCCUUUGACCAUACAGUUAUUGUAUGGGACAUAGGGGGACAGCAGGGAAAUGCUUAUGAGUUACAAGGACAUCACAACAAAGUAUCUAGUCUCUACUAUUCAAACAGUACUAAACAGUUAAUAAGCGCCGGCGAAGACGGUGUCCUAGUUUUCUGGGACAUGGCGGAAUCUCGACAAGAAACCCCAGAAUGGAUCGAAUCAGAUCUUUGUCAACUCUGCGGUAGACCAUUUUUCUGGAAUCUCCGCGCUAUGAUGGACCAAAGACAAUUAGGACUGCGCCAACACCAUUGUCGCCACUGCGGCAAGGCCAUAUGCGAAAAAUGCUCGACAGGCAGGGUGACUAUUCCCUCCAUGGGAUUUGAAUUCGCUGUUAGGGUUUGCGAACCAUGCCAUAUUUUGCUUAAAGAUAAGGAGCGACCGUCUUUAGCAACCUUCCAUGAUGCGAAGCACAGCGUUGUCGCGAUGAGUGUAGAUGAAACAAAUAAAAGGCUGGUUACUGUUGGACAAGACCGUUUGAUAAAAAUUUGGGAUAUAACGGCUUUGCUUUGAAGUUCAAUUUAAACUAAAGAUUAAAAAAAUAUAUUCUAAUGUGAUU